UGCCAGCCUCGAGCCCCUGGACAGCCACAGCCAUGAGCUCGAGGAAGGAUCACCUCAUCACCAGCAGCUCGGAGCCCCUCCCCGUCAUCAUCAUCGGCAACGGCCCCUCGGGCAUCUGCUUGUCCUACCUGCUCUCAGGCUACACCCCCUAUGUGAAGCCAGCCGCCAUCCACCCACACCCCCUGCUGCAGAGGAAGCUCACCGAGGCUCCGGGGGUCUCUAUUCUGGACCAGGACCUGGAUUACCUAUCGGAAGGCCUCGAGGGCCGCUGCCAAAGCCCUGUGGCCCUGCUCUUUGAUGCCCUCCUGCGCCCAGACACGGACUUCGGGGGAAACGUGGAGUCUGUCCUCACAUGGAGACACCAGAAGGAGCGGGCCAUCUCCCACGUGGUGCUGGGCCGGAACCUUCCUGGGGGAGCCUGGCAUUCCAUCGAAGGCUCCAUGGUGACCCUGAGCCAAGGCCAGUGGAUGGGGCUCCCUGACCUGCAGGUCAAGGACUGGAUGCGCAAGAAGCGAAGAGGUCUUCGCAACAGCCGGGCCACAGCCGGGGACAUUGCCCACUACUACAGGGACUAUGUGACCAAGAAGGGUCUGAGCCACAACUUUGUGUCUGGUGCUGUGGUCACGGCUGUGGAAUGGGGGACGCCUGAGCCCAGCAACUCUGGGGCCCAGGACCCCAGCCCCCUUUUCCAGGUGAGUGGCUUCCUGACCACCAAGGACCAGAGCCAGCAGCCCUUCUCACUGUGUGCCCGCAACGUGGUCCUGGCCACAGGCACGUUCGACAGCCCGGCCCGGCUAGGCAUCCCAGGGGAGGCUUUGCCCUUCGUCCAUCACGAGCUGUCGGCCCUGGAGGUGGCCACGCAAGUGGGCGCAGUGACCCCAGCCUCGGACCCAGUCCUCAUUGUUGGCGCGGGGCUGUCGGCAGCUGAUGCGGUCCUCUAUGCGCGCCACUACAACAUCCCAGUGAUCCACGCCUUCCGCCGGCCCGUGGACGACCCCGGCCUGGUGUUCAACCAGCUGCCCAAGAUGCUGUACCCCGAGUACCACAAGGUGCACCAGAUGAUGCGGGAGCAGUCCAUCCUGUCGCCCAGCCCCUACGAGGGCUACCGCAGCCUCCCUGAACACCAGCUGCUGCUCUUCAAGGAGGACUGCCAGGCCGUGUUCCAAGACCUGCAGGGUGUUGAGAAGGUCUUCGGCGUGUCCCUGGUGCUGGUCCUCAUUGGCUCCCACCCUGAUCUUUCCUUCCUCCCUGGGGCAGGCGCUGACCUGGCCACAGACCCCGACCAGCCGCUGAGUGCCAAGAGGAACCCCAUCGAUGUGGACCCCUUCACCUACCAGACCACCCGCCAGGAGGGUCUGUACGCUGUGGGGCCACUGGCCGGGGACAACUUUGUGAGGUUUGUGCAGGGUGGGGCCCUGGCCGUGGCCAGCUCCCUGCUGAAGAAGGAGAACAGGAAGCCACCCUAGCAUCUGGCCUGACAUCCUGGCAGCCAGGCCCUGAAGAGGAGGGAGAUCACCACCACCCUGCUGGACGCAGGGCCCAUCUGAAAAUGCCCCAGUGGAAGAAGAGGGCCUUACCCGGCAUGAGACAGGAAGUGCUAUGAGCGCAUGCAACUGGCCUUAUGGAUCAAGAGGAGUGGGGAACCCAGACUACCUGGAAUCAGACCAAUGCCCAGGGUGGGAACAGUGGCCAUAGGCUAGGGUAGUCCUAGACCUGGGAUUUGAGGGGAAAGCUGCCAGUGUGAGCUGUGAUCACCAGGGCCAGCUGAGCGCCCAGCCAGGCGGAUUCUGUCCAGAAUCAGGUCCCAAAUAAAACCAGUGCAUGCCUGCA